UCAACUGAGCUGUGUUUUCUUGUUUCUUCUCUAGCUUUUUUCUUCUAGUCUUCUAAACAAGUGUUCUUCUAAUCUCUUUAUGUUUGUUUUUUCUAUCAUGGAAGUCGAUUUGUUAUGUUGUCUAUUUGAUAAUCUCGAUUUUGCUACUAUUUCCCAAGGACAGUCUCCAAUCUCCUUGAUUGAGGUUGAUUUUCUUUGUAAUACCUUCAAGGGUCUCAACUUGGAUGAUGGUGUUCAUAACAGUGUUCAAACUAGUGAAUCGAUAGCUUUAGAUGGCUUUACUCACUGUCAAGCUUCCAUUAUCUGCAAAGUUCCCUCUUUUAUGAGUAGGGUUUUCAACAGUUCUCUGGAGAUUGAGAGUCAAACAAGGUUUACUUUUUCCGGCAAGUUUCAUAGUGUUAUUCCGAUUGGGGGUGUUUAUGUGGAUGGGGAUGGAGUCUCUAAUGAUCUGAAUCUCAAUUUGUCCGACGAAAUUGAUGGAACUCUUCAAACAAGAUGGAGGAGCUGUAUGAUGGGGACUAUGAAGGCAUGGGUCAGAAUCAAAAAGAUGAUCUCGUUCCUUAUUAUAAUGGUAGAGUUUUCUAUAAGCUAUCACAGCUUUAACUUCUCGUCAGAUAGAAUUAGACCUCUAUUGGUUCUCUCGUGAGUGAAAUGGUUUAACUUCUCUUAGCCUUAUGGAAAAUGAUGGGAGUCGAUUGUUUAAUUUGGAGGAUGAGGCUGUUUGGUUAUCUUCUAAUAAAAGAAGGUGUUUAGGAGUUCGUUACGACAUUGAGGGUAGUUCUUUCUGUUUAGCUAUAUGUCUUUGUGGUUCUUUACCUUCUGAUGUAAGAAUUGAAGGAAGAGUGGAGGUUUCUUCUUGGCAUACAAAUGAGGAUUGUUUGGUUAGAUUUGAAGCGUAUAUGUGGCCUCGUUUGGAAUUUCAGUGGCUUAUGUUUCACUUAUUUGGGCUUGUUGUUUCUGUAACCUUUCCUUCAAAUCAGUCUAGUUCCUUGAGUUCUUGGGAUGAGUUGUUGGUUUUCAGUUUACCCUUAU